AGCAGAGCGCGCCGCCGCUGCUGCUGCUGCCGCCAAGGUUCAUGGUUCUGGCCUGAGAGCAGGUCGCGGCGAUUCCGAUUCCGAGUUGCGGCAGAAGAAGCAGCAGCGGCGGCGACCGCAGGAGCCUGAACCCCCACAUGGGUCGCCGCCGCCAGAGCGGUUCGUGUGGUGGGGAAAGUCUCGAGGGAGGAACUUCGGCCCGGCGGCACCCAACGACAAGGAUUUACAUAACCAUACAGGAGCAACUUCCGGAGAUAGUAAUAGCUCUCAAUUACUCAGCUGAGAAAAAAAUCACCAUGUCCUCUUCCAGACUGGGGCUCCGUUUGGCUGCCUGUUUAUUAAACAUUUCAGAAGCCAGAAGAAAAUACAUUGUUGAGAAUGUCGCGAAAGCAGCUCUUCUUGAAAGAAAUGGGCAGAAACAUCCUAAUGUAUCAGUGCUCAAUAUAUUUUCUGAUCAUGAAUACAACAGAUCAGUCAUUACAAUAGCAGGUUCUGUUGAUGAGUUAGGUGAUUCUGUUCUGGCUGCCUGCUUGGAGGCCUUUCGGUCUAUUGAUAUGGAGGUUCAGGAUGGGAUCCAUCCUUGCCUGGGAGCAGUCGACCUGAUUCCUUUUUACCCUCUCUGUGGUGUCGGAGUGGAAGAGUGUGGAGCUGUGGCCAGAAGCCUUGCUGAGAACCUGCUCCUCCGUGUUCCUGGCUGCAGUGUGUUUCUCUUUGGUGAGGCUGACCUGCCUGAGAAGCGCCCUCUUGUCCAGAGAAGGAAGCAACUGGGCUGGUUCACAAGGAGGGAUUUCAGCGCUCUUGAACCUGACUUGGGAGUUGCGCCUGCCCGAAAAUGUGGCCUGACAGAAAGACGGAGUAGCAGAGGCAGUGUCCCUGAAGAGGUAGAACUCGAGUUCAGACCUGUGGAGAGCCAUUCCCGGCCCUAUGCCACACGGUGUCGCUUAGCCUUCUUGUCUAUGGAUUUGGCCGCAUGCAUAAGAAUCCUAUAUUCUUCCUGCCAUGGGAGCAUUGGACUUAGCAAUUAUGUUUGAGUUUUAUGGUUUUAGUCAUCAAAUGUUCUGUUUCACCUGUGGUUUCUCUUUAGUACAAGUUCUAAAAAAUUUAAAGUACCAAUGUAUAAUGAUGACUAAUUGCUGUUGGUGUAAUAACAACUGUUUAUAUUUUUGAACCUCAGUUGUGAGUCUGUUGUCUUGCUCUGCUUGUCACUCUCUGAAGAAAAGGCCACAUUUAGGCCAGGUUUUAUCUUAUUUUAACCUUUGUGUUUUUACACCCAGCAACCUGUAUGGUUCCUGGCACUCAGCAGCUUUUCAGUAGAAACAUAUUUAAUGAAGGAGUUGCACAUUACUUCCUGAGAAUCUCUUUAUUUAUUCAAACUGUAGUGUAAUUCAUGAAUUUGAAGUUCUCCCUUCAGAUAUAAAAAUGCCAAAUAUCCCAAAACACCGCCUAGGCUCUCUCCUCACACAUCUUUAAAAAUUAGUCCCCAAAGAGGAGCUUAAUGUAAUAAAUAGAACUUCUAAAUACAUCCCUUAGCAACUUUUGACCUCCUAAGAUGAAACCCUUUCUAUGGAGGAAAAUAUAUAGAAUCUUUUCACCAUGAAUUGAUUUAAGAUGAUGGUGCCUGAAACUAUUUGAGAAUAAUUUUAAUCCAAAGGGAAAAAAAAUACAUACAUGUGUUUCUUCUGAGUGAUGUUUUUUUAUUUUUCUAAUGGGCUCUUCACUAUUGUUUUGUCUGAAUGAAGUUUUUUAUUUGUGUUAUUCCAGACGUGGUCCUACCACAAGCGUCUUUAAACCAGACAUUAAUAGCAUAGUUCACAGUCAUUACUGCCAGUGCUCAAACACAAAUAUUGCAUUUGUGUUUGCAAAAGCUACACAUCAGAUGUUAAUUAAGUGCAUUUGUUUUUUUUAUGCUUAAACAAUCUGGCAUAAAGAGUUUACAUCUAUAUCAGUUCACCAUAAGGUCUCUACAAUAUCUGAAUCACCAGCCGUACAGUAUAUGAUAAAUACAGUGUUUCCACACAAAAAAAUAACAGAAUUGUCAGGAAAACAUCAGGCCUGUUAUAUUUCUCUGUGAAAGAAUAGCAACCGAAUCUCAGUUUCUUUUUCUUUUUGAUAAAAAAAGUAUUUAGGAGUAAACACCAAUAUUUAGAAUGAUAAAUUUUUCAUUAAAGAACACAUGGAAAGUGAAAUCAUACCAGAGAUUUUUUUUUCCUUGUUUUUAGCUUGCUUCAGGGCGUUGUGACAGUCGCGUUGGAAUAAAAUUGGAAUUUCAGCCUUGCAGUGAGGAGAUUCAUGCUGCCGCCAGAGCAGCCGAGUGCCAAUCUGAGGGAGGCAGGAGCGGAGCGAAACCGCAAACUGAGAAACAAACUUUCACAUCAGGUUUCUAAUUUUAGAGCAAAAAAUGGAAUUACUUUAAUUAUAUGACAUUUAACUAGAAAUACGAUUUUCUGGGAUUAAUUAUCUCCCUUAUUUAAAAAAUUUUUACUAAGUUGAAAUUAGCAUAAAAAUCAAAUUCAGCAUUUUAAAUAAGGUCAGUGGGACUUGCUGGAUUUAAAUGCAGAAUUUGAUUCGUUAGAAUUGGAUCACCAUGUUGGUGUUGGACUUGGGAAGGAUUAAAUAAAUGGAGGAAUUAGAAAAGCAAGCAUUUGGGAAAAAAGCAGUUUUUCUUUCUUCCCUUUUUCUUUCUUUCUUCCUUUCUUUCCUUCCUUUUUUUCUUUCUUAGGCACAAAAUGGGUCAUGGCCUCAUAACCCCUCAGGGAGGAAACUACUACCUGAUUAGGUCAGAAACUUCUCAGAUUCAUUGACUGUCUCUGAUUAUUAACUGCUUGAAGAAGAUACAGUGGUAAAACAAAAUAAAUUGUUUUGUAAUACAGUAAAGUUUAAUGGAAGACUUUAAAAUACACAUAAGGGCAUUUACAAAAAAUAAUCAUUCUGAGUUCUAGUGAUUACCUCUUAUUUUAUUUAAAAGAGAAUACAGGAGUUCCCGUCGUGGCGCAGUGGUUAAUGAAUCUGACUAGGAGCCAUGAGGUUGCGGGUUCAGU